UAGGGCACCCGAGCCGGAAGCGGCGGCUGGAGAACGCAAAAGCCCCUCCUCUUCCUCUCUGAAGCGCCUGUCCCAAAACUAGGGUCUCCGAUGCUGCUGCGUUCCCGUAAAGAAAUGAUGGGACAUCCUGGCAUGCCUCAUUACCCACCCAUGGGAAUGCAUCCUAUGGGCCAAAGACCACCUAAUAUGCCUCCAGUAUCUCAUGGAAUGAUGCCUCAAAUGAUGCCUCCAAUGGGAGGACCACAGAUGGGACAGAUGCCUGGAAUGAUGCAGUCAGUGAUGCCUGGAAUGAUGGCUCCUCAUAUGUCUCAUGCUCCCAUGCAGCCUCCAGGACCGCCAGGAGUGAACAGUAUGGAUUCUCAAAUUGGUUUAGCUCCCCCUGGAACUCAGCCCACACCUCCAGUAGUUUGUUCAGUGCCACAAACCACACCAAUUAAUAGCUCUACUAAUGAGGAACCUUCCAAGCAGAAAUCUAUGUGGUCAGAGCAUAAAUCACCAGAUGGAAGAACAUACUACUACAAUACUGAGACAAAGCAGUCUACAUGGGAGAAGCCAGAUGAUCUUAAAACACCUGCAGAGCAAAUGUUGUCAAAAUGUCCAUGGAAAGAAUAUAAAUCUGAUUCUGGGAAGCCAUACUACUACAACUCCCAAACAAAAGAGUCGCGCUGGGCGAAACCAAAAGAACUUGAAGACCUUGAAGCAAUGAUUAAAGCAGAAGAAAAUAGUGGGAAACCGGAAGAAUCUGUUCCAGCAUCAUCUGCUGCUAUUGCACCAGGAGUUACAAAUGCUGCUGCCACUGUUCCUGAAACACCUGCAGCUGUACCUUCAGCUCCUGCUGUUCCUCCUGUUGUGUCAGCUCCUGAAGCGGAGCCUUCUGCUGUUGCAGUUGUAGAGAGUGAAAAUCGAGUCCCUGCUUCAGGUGAUGAGCAGGUGCAGCCAACAGCUCCUGUUGCACCAGAACAGACUGCAGAAAUUGUCACAAACUCUGUAGAAGACACUUCUAAGCAAGAAUCCUCAGAUGUUGCCCCCAAAAAAGAAGAGGAGGAAGCCCAGCCGGUUAAAAAAACCUAUACUUGGAAUACGAAAGAAGAAGCUAAGCAAGCAUUUAAAGAGCUGUUGAAAGAAAAGCGUGUACCAUCCAGUGCUUCUUGGGAGCAAGCUAUGAAAAUGAUAAUUAAUGAUCCAAGAUACAGCGCUUUGGCAAAGCUAAGUGAGAAAAAACAAGCUUUUAAUGCUUACAAAGUCCAGACAGGAAAAGAAGAAAAAGAAGAAGCAAGAUUAAAAUACAAAGAAGCAAAAGAAUCUUUUCAGCGUUUCCUUGAAAAUCAUGAGAAGAUGACAUCCACAACUAGAUACAAAAAAGCUGAACAAAUGUUUGGAGAAAUGGAAGUCUGGAAUGCAAUAUCAGAACGUGAUCGCCUUGAAAUCUAUGAAGAUGUCCUGUUCUUCCUAUCAAAAAAAGAAAAAGAACAGGCCAAACAGUUAAAGAAGAGGAACUGGGAGGCACUGAAGAAUAUUCUGGACAACAUGGCUAAUGUUACGUAUUGCACUACUUGGUCAGAAGCUCAACAGUAUCUGAUGGACAAUCCCACAUUUGCAGAAGAUGAGGAACUUCAGAACAUGGAUAAAGAGGAUGCAUUGAUCUGUUUUGAAGAACAUAUAAGGGCUUUGGAAAAGGAAGAAGAGGAAGAGAAACAAAAGAGCUUACUCAGGGAAAGGCGGCGGCAACGUAAAAACCGAGAAUCUUUCCAGAUAUUUUUGGAUGAGCUACAUGAACAUGGCCAGUUGCAUUCAAUGUCCUCAUGGAUGGAGUUAUAUCCAACUAUAAGUUCUGAUAUUAGGUUUACUAACAUGCUUGGUCAACCUGGCUCAACAGCACUUGAUCUCUUCAAAUUUUAUGUUGAGGAUCUAAAAGCACGCUAUCAUGAUGAAAAAAAGAUAAUAAAAGACAUUUUAAAGGACAAAGGAUUUGUAGUUGAAGUGAAUACUUCUUUUGAAGAGUUUGUCACAGUUAUCAGUUCCACUAAAAGAGCUACCACAUUAGAUGCUGGAAAUAUCAAACUGGCUUUCAAUAGUCUGCUGGAAAAAGCAGAAGCCCGUGAACGUGAGAGAGAGAAAGAAGAAGCUCGCAAAAUGAAACGAAAAGAGUCUGCUUUUAAGAGCAUGUUAAAACAAGCAACACCUCCUAUCGAAAUGGAUGCAGUUUGGGAAGAUAUUCGGGAAAGAUUUGUGAAAGAACCAGCAUUUGAAGAUAUCACAUUAGAAUCAGAAAGAAAAAGAAUAUUUAAAGAUUUCAUUUAUUUACUAGAGCAUGAAUGUCAGCAUCAUCAUUCAAAGAACAAGAAACAUUCUAAAAAAUCAAAGAAGCAUCACAGAAAGAGGUCUCGCUCUCGCUCGGGUUCAGAAUCUGAGGAUGAUGACAGCCACUCAAAGAAAAAGAGGCAACGCUCAGACUCCCGAUCGGUUUCUGAACACUCCUCCAGUGCGGAGUCUGAGAGAAGUUACAAGAAGUCAAAAAAACAUAAAAAGAAGAGCAAAAAAAGGAGACACAAGUCUGAUUCCCCUGAAUCAGAUGCUGAUAGAGAAAGAGACAAAAAAGAGAGAGAAAAUGAAAAGGAAAGAAGUAGACAAAGAUCUGAGUCUAAGCAUAAAUCACCUCCUAAGAAGCGACCUGGGAAAGAUUCUGGCAAUUGGGAUACCUCUGGUAGCGAAUUAAGUGAAGGUGAAUUAGAAAAACAAAGAAGGACCCUCUUGGAGCAACUGGACGAAGAUCAAUAAGAAAAUAUUUAUACCAAAUAUGUUUACAAUGUGAUUUAAUAAAAAAAAAUAUAAAUGACUGAUUUCAGGGAAUGGAUUCCCAUAUUCUGAGUUCCACUGGCACAGCAAUGGCUUUCCAGUUCAACUGUGUAAUUAAAUAGCUCAAUUACCAUUACAUGCCUGGCAGCAAAUUGGCAGAAUUUUCUGUUCUGAAAAGCUAGGCAGUCUGUAUAUACCCCAUACACCUUGACAUUCUCCUGAGAGCACAUUCAGAUGAGCAGAUAAUUUUUAUUUUUUGAGCCGUUUCAAGAGCGGCUUGGAAAAGUACUUGAGCUUUUCAGGUCUCUACAUCCUGUAUGGAACAGCAAUGUUAGAAAAGCUUAAAUCUUUGUUUCUGUGUCACAUAAGGUCUUCUAAGAGGUGGGAAGAGGUGGUUUCUUUGGAAAGAUGAUGUGAUUUUCUUGUUGCUCCACUGCUGUUUUUUUAAUGAUUCUUUUUUUUUCUUUGCAAAUGGAGGAAAAGGAAAAAAAUAUUUUUCUUGAUUUACGGUAGUACACAAACCAGGGUUGGGUUUUUGUGCAUUACCUUGCUGGCCAAACUAAUGCUAGUGAUUUCUGUUGAUUUGACUUUAGUUUGAAAUGUACAAGUUUCAUUCUGAGGUGCAUUUUUAGUGUCAUAUUUUAAAACUGUGAAAAAUAGGCGAUUAAUUAAAAUCUUAAUAGGCCCUUAAUUAUACAGGCAUUAAAAUUGGCUGAUGUGAUAACAUAGCUACCCUUUUUUAUUAGAGGAUAAAAAUCUGAUAUAUGUGGAAAAAAGAAAUAAAAAUAAAAUUGGCAGUGGGCAUUAUUUUAGUAUCAAUCCAGUGUUACAGAAAACCAGAGUGUAAAUUAAUUGCAAUCUGUUGCCUUAAGGACUUCCUGAAGAAUGUACCACCAAAUUCCGAAAAGCAGCUGCAAUACUCUCUUGUCUAGGAAAUCAGUGUCGAGAUUAAUACUUUUUACUUUUGAGACAUGUUGACCUGAUGUUUAAAAACUUUGUCUCAUUUUGUUGUGUUCUUUUUCCUUUGUACUAAAUGGCUUAUUACUAGCCUUGAUCAGAUGAAUACUUUCUGCCCUAUACAUUCUAGAGUAUUGACUACUGUGGUACAGACUCUAAAAUCUUUCUGAUUUGAAUAUUUUUGUACAUUUUUAUCACUUAUUAAACCUUGUCUUUUAGCGUGUA